GCCUCUCUCUGUGCCCACAGGUAUGAUGCCGGCCGGGACGGCUUCAUUGACUUGAUGGAGCUGAAGCUCAUGAUGGAGAAACUUGGGGCCCCCCAGACCCACCUGGGCCUGAAAAACAUGAUCAAGGAGGUGGACGAGGACUUUGACAGCAAGCUCAGCUUCCGGGAGUUCCUCCUGAUUUUCCGCAAGGCGGCCGCUGGGGAGCUGCAGGAGGACAGCGGGCUGCACGUGCUGGCCCGCCUCUCCGAGAUCGACGUCUCCACCGAGGGCGUCAAGGGGGCCAAGAGCUUCUUUGAGGCCAAGGUCCAGGCCAUCAGUGUGUCCAGCCGCUUCGAGGAAGAGAUCAAGGCUGAGCAGGAAGAGAGGAAGAAGCAGGCGGAGGAGAUGAAGCAGCGGAAAGCGGCCUUCAAGGAGUUGCAGUCCACCUUCAAGUAGCGAGGGGCUGUGGCCAGACCGCCUGGCCCCCGCCCAGCGCCCAGUCUGGCCAGCGAGGGCAGGAGGGCGGACAAACUGGAAGCUGAGCCUGAAUGCUCAGCUCUGUCUGAAGGGACCAUCCUAAAAACCUACAGGUGUCUGUGAGCGAGGCCACGUGAAGGGUCUCACAGACGUGGCCUGACCUCUCCCCACUCCCUGCCACGGGACCCUGUCCUGAGACCAUGACACCAGCGCUGGCUCCCUGCCUGGCCCAGACCUCCCUGGCAUCCCCAAGUCUCUCUGGCACCCCCGCCCGCUCCAGGGCCGCGCCCUGCCCUGCCCAUGUGCCUGCCCUCCACACACACCCCUCCACUCCCCUGUGCCUCUCCCUUUCACCUCCUCCCCUGCCCGGAGGCCUCCUGCCCUCAACCCACAGGCUGUACUGCCCUCAGCCCCUUUUUAGACUGGGGGGAGCGACAGAUGGCAACAAUCGUGGCCGGCUCCAUGGAGUGGGACCUAUGGAGCUGAUCAGAGGCACAGGGGUGCCCCAGCCCCAGCCCCUGUGCCUCCAGCCCUGCCUCUUCUCUACUGGAGUCGGGGGGGUAGGCGGGGAGAGACUCCUAUUUUUGUGAAAGGACCCAGGCCUCUGGCAUGCCAUGCAACCCCAGCUCUCGGGGACCCAGCCAGGCAGGGUGAGGGGGCAGCUGUGUCAAUCUACCUCACAGGCCCACACUCUCCCAGCCAUGCCAUGUAUCGUGGGCAGGGAAGGCUCUGGGGCAAACGCGCCACCCCCUCGUCCCCCUGGGACAACCGGGGAUCUCAGGGGCUCUGGAGAGAGCAGCGUGGGGGAGAGGGAUGGCUUCUUCCCGGGGAGGGAACCAGCGCUGUCUUCUCCGGAAGGCGUCUAAGAAGUGCUUUAUGUGGUUUGCACGGACCAGACAGUGGGAAGCAGGGGACCUCGCCCAGCCCUUUCUCACCAUCCUUCCCCAAGUGACAUUCGCCGCCUUGUCACCAGCGACAGGACCUGUCCCAUCAUAGCCACCUCCUGAGGAAGCAUGGGGACCCCAGCCCUCGCUGUGCCACGGGCCCGGUCCUGCGCAUCUCCCGUGUGCUCGCUCGUGUGUGUGCGUGUCUGCGUGUGCCUGUCACCGUGUCGUGAAACUGUGCCCGUCACCCAGUCCAAACCAGUGAGUGGCCAUCGAGGCCCCAGUUAUGCAACUUUCGGUGUCAUGACAGCGUCCACUGCUUUUUAAACUCGAUAACUUUAUUUUAGUAAAACGCUCCAAGAGUCUACGAAACUCCCGUUGGAUUUGCAGAGGUUUUAUUUUUUUGGCCUUAGAAUCUGCAAAAAUUAGGAGGUACUGACCCCCGUGAAGCAGCCUUGGCCCUGGAUUGCGUUUGCCUUAGCGGAUAUGUUUAUACAGAUGAAUAUAAAAGGUUCUUUUUCUUUUGGC